AUGUUCCGGCAUCUCUACAUCGGUCUCAUCAGUCUAAUCGUGCUGACGGCCGGUCCGAUCGAAGCUCGACGGGCGUCGAGCGGCGGAAGCCAGAACAGCGGCGGAUUCUCGAGCCGCGGGCAGAGCGGAUCCCGGACGGGCGUCCAGCAGGGAACCGGCGGAUUCAACAGCAAUAGCAAUCAGGGAUCCCAUCAAGGAGGCGGCUUCCAGCCGAACCCGAACGUCCGACCGCAAGGGAACACUUUCAACAACCAGGGCGGCCUCCAUCCGAACCCCAACCAAGGAUUCCAUAAUACCAAUAACGGGUAGGUGUUCAAGAUCCUAAGUUGUAAAAAAAAGUGUUUCAUUUGCAGAUGGCGCCCGGGCACGGGACCAGGCUCCUCUGCGAGCAGCGGAACGUUCAAGAAGGCGCUGAUCGGCGGAGCGCUCGGAGCGGCCGGCGGAAUUCUGGCCUACGAGGCGGGCAAAGCGAUCAUUCAAUCGGCGACGCAGCCGUUCAACUACAACGGCCGCAACUACAACUGGGACAAUCACGGGCAAGUCGGGCGCGGACAGUUCCAGUGCUCGAUUCCGCUGAGCCAGCUGACCGCACAGCAAUCACCGACGACCACCACGACGACUACGACGACGACCGCCUCGCCCGAUGGAUCCACCAGCUCCACUGUGGCGCCAGUCUCGACGACACCCUCUCCGGAUCAGGUUCUUCAAAAUGUGAGCUACUAGAAUAUUAUGUUUGUGGAAAUUCGCGCGUUUUUAUUCUCUUGUGCCAAAACGAUUGCGAACAUUUAAAAAGUUUCAAGGCUCAGUGCUGGAAAUCCAUGAAAAACAUUAUCUCGGCACUUUCAGAUCCAAUACGCUGACGGUUCGCGCCCGAAAACGAUUGUGUGGACGUGCAAGUCGAGUGUGGAGGUGUGCUGCGGCACGGAUUGUUGCCCGGCACCACCGGCCCAGAACACGAACGGCGGAUCCAGCGGACACUCGGGAGGCUCGAGCGCCGGCACCAUCGCCCUAAUGUCCGUUUUUUCGCUUCUCAUCCUUUGAAAUGCCAGAAAUGAUGGGUGGUGAAGGUGUCUUUUGAGUAAUUCUGAUCACAUUUUGUCCUUCGUCCGAUCCGAGAUGCGAUCAUAAUAAUAAAUAUGUGUAAAUACCGCGACCGAUUCAGGGACCAAUUCAAUUACGACUACAAUGUUUGACAGUGUAAUUUUUCUGGAUUUCUCCCCAUCCCUCCCCCGUUUUUUUGCCCUGAUAACUCGUGGUUUCUUUUGUUUUUUUGUGUGUCACUUACUAAUUCCUUCUGCAUGUUUAGACCCAGUUUUGAUGUGCAAUUUGUUUUCUCUCGAAAAGCUCAAAAAGCUGCUUGCAGUGUUCUCGUCCUUCUGCUCCUCUUGUGCUGCGGCUGCUGCCUCGGCGCCUAUUUCUGCUGCCGGUCCGUGUUCGAUUGCGGAGAUGAUAACAAGAAUAACCAUUAUCAAGGUAACGGAAGUUUCGCAACUGAAAAAAUUUAAAAAAAAAAACGAAAAUCUUGAAGGCCUGGACUUUUAGGCCACUCGUAAAAAUCUGAUCGGACCCAAACUUUGCAGGCAUCUUGUACUUUGGUUAAAGUAUAUUGGGUUCGAGUUUCAGACCGAUCGGAUUAUCCGGUCUCGAGAUAUGUAGAUCGGAAAGGGCCGGGAAAAUUGCGUAGAUCUCGGGACCAGAUAAUCGGGUCGGUCUAAAACUUGGACCCAACACACUUCAACCCAAGUCCAAGUGGCCUGCAAAGUUUGGGCCCGAUCGGAUCAAAAUUCCUGUCACGGAGUUAUUCAGGAGGCGUUUUUACAUGGCUGAAUUGGGUUUGAUGUAAAAAUGGGUGUAAAAAGCCCCACUAGCGCCUGAGUUUUCAGUAUUUUGUUCGUUUUUUCAUAGCACCAAAUGUUGCAGACGACUACUCUCAACAGCAACAGUACCAAAUGCAAAACUAUCCGCCACAGCAACAACAACAACAAGGACAAUAUUAUCAGCCGCAGCAGGGAUACCCGCAAGGGGGCAACUAUUAUCCGCCCAAUCAAUAUCCGUCCCAACCCACUUAUUAA